CACCUAUAUACCUGCUCAUUGCAAGACCUCUUGCCGGAUCUCAAAUCCGAGUUCGGCUCCUCGGACUGGAGAGCUGUUGAUCUAACUAUUCAAUGCCUGAUGGCCCUUCCGACUGGCUCUGCUUAUUCCGAUUGUGGAUACGGUCUACAUCUUCUUAUUUUUGCGCCGCCUGAAGACGAGUUCAAGGAAACUACUGGCUUUUAUAUAGCCUCAUUGGAAUUGCGGCCCUCUUCGUUCUCCCCUUCUUCGAUUUCUUCUACACUCCGCGCCCAUGAUAUGGACACUCCUUCACGUCGCCAUAAUAGUCAUCAUCAUUCACUUAACCAGUCGAUCCAAUCCACACCAUCUGAACUGAUCAAGUCGGGCCGGGCUUACCAAUUUCCACGACUUUUUCGCACAAACCGUGUUCAUUUACACGAUUUUGUCAAUUGGUUGCUUGAGUCAGAAGGCUCCGUCUCCGUAGCUUCAGAACCUCGGGAUAGUCGGCUGAAUGUUUACGACUCUACGAACGAGGCCUCUAGAGUGGAAUUGACCUCGAUUGCUUCAAUUCGUCUACUUUUACCUCAUCCAAUGGUCUCUAAGGCUUAUCCUUGCUUACUUACCGCCAUCUACUCUCAGCAAAACUCUCGUGUGCUCCUUGUAGAGGAUUAA